AUGCCGCUUUCAUAUAAGAGGAAGAAUUUCGAUGGUGCACGGGACGAUGUUGGCUUCAUAGUGGAGAGCGCGGAUGUUUUUAUCUGUGAGCUGUUCGGCCAAAUUGAGACUAUCAGCCGGGUUGCGCCCGAGGAGAAACCGAGGCUAUGUGACGGCACUUGCGAGAAAGAGCUUGAAAAUGUAUGUUUUGGUAUUUGGAAUUUGCAUAGUUCACUCGAGAAAGGUCAGCCUUACAUUUUCCGGGUCGGCUCUGGUCAGGUCAUCAAGGGGCUUGAUGAAGGAAUCCUCGGUAUGAAAGUUGGAGGCAAACGGCGACUCUACAUUCCGGGACCUUUGGCAUUUCCAAAAGGCCUGGCAUCAGCACCAGGAAGGCCGCGUGUGGCUGCCAAUAGUCCAGUCGUGUUCGAUGUCAGCUUGGAGUACAUUCCCAGACUUGAGGAUGAUGAGUAA